AUUUCAAAGGUACGACUUAAAGAACCAAUGAAAACAGAGAGGGCGGUUAACAUUUGAAACUGUCAGAUCACAUGACAACACCGCAACUCUAUUAAAUGUAUGCAGCAUUUAAGAUACAUCUUGAAAACCAACUUCACUUUACAUGGUAUUUUGACUUUCAGUCAAAGGUGUGCAGUUGUUACGGUCAAUAUUACCCAACGAAGGUGUUGUAAACAUCAUCACCAAAUAUGAUGGUAACUACACAGUGUAUGAAGAUGGUUCUUUAGAUAAAGUAAAGAAUGAUGUUUGCCUACAGCUUGGCUAUCCUGCAGCUGAAUCCAUCAAAAGCUGGAUGCCCACAUCAAUUUCGAGUUAUAUAAUAUCUACAUUUGGAAAGUUAUCUUGUGAUUCGAGAGCAAAAAAUCUUUCUCGAUGUAACAUUACAGUGAAAAGUAGUUGUUCCCAUUAUUCAUAUUUGAAAUGUCAAAUUUGUAGCAAACCGUUGCUACAAGAUGAAAAGAGCUUUCCAAAUUCAUCUUUCACAGCUUCGGCGUGGACCGUAGGUCAUAGUGCUGACGAUGCAAGAAUUACCAGUCGUAGUUCAUGGUGCGCUCCAACUGCUAACGGCAAUCAUUUUCUUCAACUGAGCUUCGUGAGACUUUUUGCAAUAAACAAAAUUGCGAUAUUUGGAGACGGCUUGAGGUCAAAUUGGGUGACAGAAUAUUAUUUAAACACGACCACUGAUCUCGUGAACUGGAAACCAGUUUAUGGCGAGAAUUUACAAAAGGUUUUUCAAGGAGAAAAAAUGUCUCACAAUGACGUCACCAUCCAGAGUUUCACUAAAGGCAUCAAAACGAGAGCUUUACGACUUAUUCCGGCGAACUACGUCGGUCAACCGUGUUUACGCGUAGAGAUGUGCGGUAGAAAUAUACUCCCAGACAUGCCGUCCAAUCUUAAAGCCACAACCGUCGAAUCUAGAUAUGCUAAAAUAUCAUGGUCAUGGUCUAAUCCUAACAACACUGGAGUUAUCUCUGGUACAGAUGAGUCAAAUCCUCUGACAGAGUUUCGGAUCAUUGUCAGAAAGGAAUCGAUUGUUGUUUUCAACAUGACUUUGCCGGCAACUGAAAAAAGGCCCUACAAGCUGGAAAAUCUUCUUCCGUACAGGAAAUAUGUGGUGGAUGUAGCCGCUGGAAACUCCAUGGGGUUUGGAAGCGCAAUUAACACGUCAUUUACGACUGCUGAGGAUGUUCCAGAUGGUCCGCCAUUGAACGUUAGAUCGAUUUCUCGAAAUUCCUCAUCUUUAACUUUUACCUGGGAUCCACCUGGCAAAGAAAAACAAAAUGGCGUCAUCGUCGGUUACACUGUUUGCCUCUCGAAGACGAAAAGUGGCACUUGUUUUCAAACAUUCCUUAGCUACAGCAGAAAAUGGACAGCGCACGCAUUAAAACCCUCGAGUAAAUACAUUGUUCAAGUUGCCGCUGUGAACAAAGUCGGUCAGAGUGCUCGCAGUGAAAGUAAAGAAUUCUUCACAAAUGGAGAACCAUUGGAAAAGGCAAUAAUAGCAACGGCAAGCAGAUUACGAUUUCGACUACAAGUUCCAAAAGAACAAUUUUGGUUUUUCUAUAUCGUGGCUGUGAAAGUCAAAGGUGGUAAGGAUCCAUUAUCGCCACAAGAAUACAAAAUGAGCAACUUCGUCACAUACGCACAAAUGAGAACAUCCAACGAAAUGAAACCAUAUAUUGCAGCCGUGAUGCUUGAGUGCAGCGGAAUGGAUGACAAAGAGUUUGUACUUGGUGAUGGGAGAAAUACAAGUGAGCCGAGAAUGGGAAACAGCAGAUCAACUUCCACCAUUUUUUAUAACGGACCGCUGGAACCUGGUGCGAGUUACCGAAUUUUUCAGAAAGUCAUUGUUGAAAAUGGAGACUACUACACGACCGAAUGGAGCGAAGCAUCGCAAACAAGUCAGUAUGAAGGAAAGCCAAGUAUAUUACGUAAUAUGACAAGCAGUAACGUCAAAGCAAAGCAAAAUGAUCUUGUAAAAUUAUCAUGUUCUGCGAAAGGAGAACAACCACUUGUAUUUACAUGGACAAGAAAUCAUGAACCUUUGAUAAGUUACGUCGACAACUAUCAAAGUUAUUCAACUUCAUUUACUGUGAUUGAAGUCAAAGACACGAAAGACUUUGGAGAAUACAUAUGUCAUAUAAGUGACAGAUUUGCAAACACAAUAAGUCAUUCAGCUUGGAUAAAUGAGAAAAAUGAAAUCAGCAGUGCAGAUAUACGAAAACCCAAAAGGCCAAUCGAAAGGUUUUGAUAUGCUUCUACUUGGUGUAACCAUAGCCUUAGGAGUUUGGUCUGUGAUAUCAUUCGCGACAAUUUGUUACCUUUUGCGUUGUUACAAAGUGAAACCGUCUCCAGAAAGUAAAACAAGAGAUCAAAGUUACAUUUACGGUGUUACUCAUGGAUAUGAAGAAGAACGAGAUGAUGACAAAAUGGCGCUCAUGCCAACUGGAGAAAAUGAAGGCAACGCUUCUAACACAUUUGGUUCAAUAAAUGCAGUGAUGAUGAAUACAGAGAGUGGUGUUUGAUACAUUGAAAUUUUAAUCUAUUCAUUGCUCGUGAUUAACAAGUUAAAGCGAUUAAUUUUGAACAUAUGAACAAAUGAAAAAUUUUUAGUGGCUGUAUUCAUUGAAAUAUUUCUUCAUGAUACAAAUUUUAUUAACUAA